ACUUGGCUAUCUACGCAGUUCGCCACAAAAAAUACCAUCCGUUUGGCCGAACUCGCUCAUCGUAUCGCCCUUGAGAAAAAAAAAACAUUCGUGAAUUUGCCAUUUUUUCCAAACAAUUGUCUUAUUAUAUUUAGUGCCCAAAAAUCCUCAUUGAGAACAGUUCACUACGGGAUUAUUAGACACGGUUUAGCUCGUUAAGGACACCUACUCACCCGUACGUACUCCGAGCAGUUGAUGUUCAGUCGGGUCUACGUCGCGUGAGUCAUAGGAUUAUCCCACUCUGUUAGAUUUGCUUUGUUAAUUGAUAUCAGAAUUAGUGGCGUGAGUGACAGUGCUUUCGGAUGACGCUGGUGCGGCCGAUCCGGACCCUUUUGAUGAACGGGUAUAGGGACCCGGCUUAGGGAGGCCAACCAGCGGACCAGCGGAAGGGAUGGAUGACUGCAGCAUCUUCUAUGACGACGACGGUGAAGCUCAGUGCGAUAUGGGUCACUCUGAGUCGAAGGGUGCAAAGAAGAGGGAGAAAAGUACAAGCGGUAACGGCAACAAGCCAACCCGAGGCGUCGCCACGUCUUUCGGCUUUCGGCGCCGUCCCGCCAGCACUUCGCGCGCCGACGACAACGCGCGCCGAAAACAGAAGUCUCACGACAAAAAUGGAAAUGGAGGUUCUACGGAAGAUCUUCGUCCAGAAGAGGUGUUGUCGGGUCGUUCGACGCCCCUCGCGCGGCCGAGGAAGGAAAUAUCGGGGCAACCUCUUCGUACAAAUAGGUUCGGUUUCAGGCAACCGCACAGCAAGACAGCCAAGGUGGCCGACGUGAACGUGCCUGCUGGGGAGGCCUUCAGCGCACCAGUUAAGGAUAAGGAGACCGCCAUCAAUAAUAAUACGUUAGAUAAGAAAAGUACAAAUCAAUACAACUUGCCACUCCUGGCCACCCAAGUGUCGUCCACGGGCGUCACCAGCAUCGUGGGCGUCGCCGGCGUGCCCAAGCCGGUCACCAAGCAGACCGUUAUACUCACCUACCAGCCACAGCAGUAUCCGCACCAAGACUUAAGGAAGCCGCCAAGGGCGGGAGAUCAGUCUGGUUCUAGAGCUACCUCAACUCCUCGUCAAGUUCUAGACCCUCAGAAGCCUCCUGGAAAGUACACCUUCCAAACCAACCAGCUGCCCCGACCUCAAUAUCCCUCUGUGAAGAAUAUUGAUUCUAAAAGUGCAAAACAAGUAGUCAAUAACACAAGGAAGGCCGGUGCUGUCGAUGGAUGGAGAGAAGGAGCAGGUUCAGCAGUGUCAUCGGACUCAGGGGUGUGGACAGGUGGUGAGGGCGGGGAGCUGUCUCCACGCUCACGGCGCCGGCCCCGCAACCUGGAGAUGGUGAUGCGUGGCUCACACAGCUUCCACCUGCGAGAACUGCAAGUUGCCGAUUUGGAUAUUAUGGAUGAGGCGGUAGUAACCGGCCACGCGGUGAUACCUUUACCGAAGUUGCCCAGUUCAUUCAAUGACGAAUCGUCGCCGGAGUCUGAACCUAUACCCACGUACAUGCCACCGUCGCCCAUCGUUCCUAAGCCCACACCCAUACCAGAACCCAGCCAAAGACAAAACUCACCUAUGUCCACUUUAGAACGCUAUAGAAAUAGAACUAGGCCCAGUAGGAUUCAAACUAAUCUUGAGUACAAAGAUGAAGAGAAGUUCGUAUUGGAUAGAGCACAACCCGAAAUACUUAAUAAGCAGAAAUCAUUUAUCAAAUCGUCAAGCGGUGUAGCAUCGCCAGCCACCGUGGACUCUAGUAAGGAAUCCAGUCCGUCUUGCAAAAGUGAAGCUAGCAACUUUGGCAACAGCAGCGCUUGGCAAAGCCACGCAGCUGGCGAAGCAAUGGCUACGAGAUCCCAAGACGACGUAUCAAUCGCGCUUAGUGUGUCAAGUUGCGAAGACGACAAAUCUAAACUACUAGAAGCAAAGGAAGUGGAAGUAGAAGUUAAAAGGAUUGAACCAGAAGUCCCAACAAAGACCAUAGUCAUUGCCGAUGAACCGCCCGUGCCGCAUCCUUUAUUGAUGAAAUCGCUUACUUUGAGCCAACAUGACGCUCUUCGAGGAACUAUGAUGGGUUCAAUGACAAGUUCAAACUACAGCACGACAAGUACAUGUACGAACCAGAGUGCGGAGCAUAACUUGACGCUGACGCUAGAAGAAUCCAAAUUUGAUAUAUCUGCUCUGGAAACCUCAACACAAAGUCUGCUUGAUGAUGAAACGUCUCCCGCCGAUAGCCUGAUCUCAUCCACAAGCACGAGUGAUUCUAAUAACGAUUUGCAUAUUGAGAGGGACCCUCCGUCCAUAUCGAGUGCGUAUCAAACUGCAAACACUAAGACUAGAACUCCGGAACCAAUUGUAGAGGAAGAUGAUAGAGUUGAUGGCGAGAUUCUACAACCAGUCAAGGAAGGAAGUAGUGACGGCUCAGGCAGUGGGGACAGCGGCGGCAGCAAGGACAUAACUCCACCCUCACCAGGCACGCCCACCCAUGCUUCUGGAUCCCUGUCCCUCUCCGAUGGACGAGACUUUUUCGACGAUGAAAUUGCCGACCAACCUGCAUUACUCUUUAGAAAAAACAACCACGGGAGUCCAUCAGUCAAAAGGGCAGAUUCAGACCCAACUAAAAACCUGAGAAAAUCAAGAGAACACGUCUUGUCAAGCCCACAAGCUCAAAGGAGUCGAAAAUGCGCAGGUCGCAACCCGGCAACAGAGAGAACGCCAUCCUUAGACACUCUGUCAAGCCUCGCCUCUGAUGAUCUUAUGAUGGAUAAUGACUUGGCACAAUCCAUCACCAGCUUACAAAGCGUUGACGAUUAUAUUGAAAGGCUCGACACCUCCCUCCGCAGUGGCCUCAACUCGCUAGACGAGAGGCAACUCCACCAGGAACUGUCGAGCUCGAAGACUGCCAUCCGACAGUGGAGCCAAUUGCUGGAGAAGAACAACUUGCUGGACAUGCAGCUAGCCGCGAUGGCGCAAGGGAAGAUCGCCGCUGACUCGCUCACUGGGAGCACGACAAGUCUUACCAACUUAGGGGCCAGUCUUCCCGUCCGCACAGCGCGCCUGCUGCAGCGCUCGCGCACGCAGACGCCGUCCGACGCCGGCGCCAGCGACGGCAGCGCGUCGCCCGCGCCCGCCCCGUCCUCGCUGCUACAGGAUGUCGUCGAUAUCAAGACUUUGCUUUUGCAACUCAAGCGGGUCCUACAGGAGCCCGGGGAGGAGCAUCAUUCGAUGAGUAGUGAAACUCUCGACCCGUUGCUGGCGGCGUGCGCGGAGAGCCCCGCGCGCGGCAACGGGCGCCGCCCCCCCGCCUCGCCGCUGCACCCCGACGCCUGCGCCGAAAUGCGUCGACAGAUAGUCUACCUGCAGGGUCAACUGGAAGAGCGCGAUCGGCUGGUGCGGGUGCUGCAGCAGCAGAUGCUACGCAUGGCGGAGAGCCACGAGCCGCGCAACGAUGACACCUGCAACGUCGCCACGCAGACUGAUAGGUUGCGGCCGCCGAUCGGCACCACACUAACGAGUUCUGAAAAUUCCGGAUUAGUGAGUUGGAAUGAACAAGCUAGUGGGAGAAAGCUGCCGUCGUAUAGUGAAGCACAAAAGACAAAGAAGCCUGUCACCAACGGGACCGUGAAAUGUCAGUGCGGUGCGAGGAAAGUGAACGGUGUGACCAACGACGACAACAGACAGACUGACAAAAGAACGGACUCGGUUCAACUUAAGUCAAAUAGUCGAGUCGGAUCCAAAUACCUUCAAGCCUUAGCCACCAACACAGAAACCAGGAGAUACAUCAAACGCGAUUCUUCAGUAGGCGAGAAGUCUGAAAGGAAGAACCUCUACUCGGGCCGAUCCCGAUCCAUAGAGAACUUCCACAACCAGCACUAUCUGUCAACUGAGCCAUUGCUAGCCAAAACUGCCGUAAUAGAAGAAUCUUCGAUCAAACAUCAUACAUCGUACGGCGACUUGUACAACGGGAGGAUAAGUAGCAAGGAAAGCGUGAACGGCAACAGACACAGUCCAAGUUUGAACGGUCAGUCGACGGACACGGAUUACAGUUCCGACGGGGGCUACAAGUCCCUUCCCUCGUCGAUAAACUAUAAUGGUUGUUCGCCCAAAAAGGUGAGCGGCAUUCCUCGGAGGUCCAUCGAACAAAAACUAGUUCCCCCAAAACAGGUCAGAGCAAGCGCAAUUUAAAUUCACACAUCGACUUCAACGUGAUUGACAGCAUUGCCAGCUAAUAUGUAUAAUGAUCACCAGUAUGUAUAAGAUGAGUAACGAAACGAACCACGGUGAAUUCGGUGAGAUAACUGUGAUGUUUUGUAAACUUGUGUAAGAUUCUCGGGAUCGUAGUAGACGACUGAGUAUUCUCAUGACAAGAUUUAGUUCCUAAUUUCGAUUUCACGAUUAAUAAAUCAAUGCUAGAUGAUGCACGCGACUUCGUCCGCGUGGAGACUUUUCGGGUUUCCGAUACAAAAAGUAGUCGAGAUCUAUCAACACGAUAAUCAAUAUUUUGGCGAUUUUAACGCCUUGUAGCCAUUUGCUAGAGAAUCGAGACGCAUCGAUUCGACCAUACGGACACAAACAAUAGAAACUCUUAAAAAGAAUAAAAAAACAUCAUAUCCUCUGAAACAGAAAGUUUUUUCCCUCUCCUGUAAUGUUACUAAUGACUUACGUGGUAUUAGGACUUAAACAACAAUAUUGUGUGUUAAUUCAGGGUAUAAACUAUUUGAAUUCCUCAGCCAAUUAAGUAGAUUCAGUCAUGGUGACAUGAAGGAGGAAAAAAAUUCCAAUCAUCCAAACUUUCACAUUUGUAAUAUUGUCCUUCAGGCUCAAAAUGUUAAAUUCUUAAAAUGUUGAAUUCUCAUAAUUUUGAAUUUGCAAAAUGUUGAGUUUCGGAGUAGCAAAAUGUUGAAUCCCAAAAUGUUAGAUUCGCAAAAUGUUGAAUUUCAAUUCCCAAAAUGUUGAAUCCCAAAAUGUUGAAUCCGCAAAAUGUUGAAUGUUAAACAUAAAAAGAAUCAAGGACUUUGUCAUCAAAGUUGUCAGUUUUAGACCAUUUUUGUGACGGGGGCUAUCUGAAAAACUAAACGAGAUAGGAAUAUCCGAUGACAAAGUUAAGUUCGUCCCUGAAUCAAUUCCUCAAACCGAAUCUUGUGUUUGUUUUACGAUUCAACAUUUUAGGAAUUCAACAUUUUGAGCCUGAAGAAAUAUUGUAAAAAUAUAAUAGAGGGUCUAACUUUAGAUUCCCGGGAGUCAAACACAGCUGUGCCAUCGUCGAAUGCUAUAACAGUCAACCAGACGCUUGUACUGCCUGUUCGCAUUUAAACACUCGCGAGGCUUAAAUUAAGAUUUUACUUUUGGAUGCCAAAUUAUAAUCUUAAUAUAUUUAAGAUUUACUAUAUUCAGAAUUGAAUAUAUCCAUUUUGAAUGAUUGACAUGAAAUGUUUAUUGUUUCAUUUCGUAGCCGAUUGCUUUGCGCAACUUUUUUUUUUGUUUUUUUUUAUACAAUAAGCUAUCUACAAUUUGACCCCUGCUGUACAUUACAGUUAGCGGAUAAACUCGACCGGGAGCUAUUUUUUGUGGAGUUUAAUUUACAAAUUUGUAUACUGGCGGUAAAAGUUAUCUUAGAUUUUCUAUUGUAGACAUAAUAGUAGAUGAUGCUGUAAGAUGUGAUAAGAGUGGCUGUAAGUACUUGACUUUAAUUUUUGUCAUCCAUACAUUUGAAUUUAUUGAUGAAUUGUAUAGUUUCAAAGAGUAUCUGUAAUUUAUCCCUUUUCCCAUUUAAAGUUUAGACACAGAAAUAGUUAGGUAUCAAAUAGGUACAAACUUACACGCUUAUAAGGCAUUUUUAUAUCCCCAAUGUCAUUUUGAAAGCAUUUGUCUAAUGGAUUUUAAUGUUAAAUGUAUUUUAGUGUUUUGAAUAUAGUGAAAUUGUAAUCUUCCAUAAUUGAACUUUAAUGUUAACUUUAUCACUGACCGGAUCUCUUGUAACAAUUGAAGUAGACAUGCCUAAAUUAUGAUAAGGAAUUUGCUACUAAUUACAUAAAUUAUAUUUGUGAUUGUAAUGGGUUGAAUUAAGAUUUAAGAUUUCGUUUGAGUUUUGUAUUUUUAUUUCAAUAUCAAAUGUACUAUUUUCAGUUUUAAGUUUAAGAAUAACAUUGUUCCUAUACCUAAUUUACAUAGGCAACAUUGUAAAAACAUGCCAAUAUUAAAGUCAACAAUUUCACAAUAAACUUAUACUGAAAAGCCGUCAAUGUAUUAUUGGCGGUUUCUCUGGUGCUGCAAAAGGCGGCGGUAAUCACUUAACAUCAGGUAACCCGCUUUCUCGUUGGCUAUUUAUAUAAAGAAAUAAGUACUAAUUAAUUGUGAUUGAAGAAUAGCUGGUGAUGAUUAACCAGCAUUGAACUUCGAGGCAUACAGUUAUCAUUAUAAGUUUUGGAAAGAGACGGAAUGAUUUCCUCACUCUGUCCUAAGUACUAAAUAGAAAACAUCAAAUACGGGAUGACUCGUGUAAAGCGUUCAAUAGCAAGGUUUCAGCAUCGGCUAGACAUUCUCAUGUAAAUAGAGAAAACCAGUGUUACAAGAGCUCUGGCAGGUCGUAACCCAGCGAAAUGCGAAAGCAUAACAUCCUAUAUUGAUACCUAGUGUUAUCAUACUAUAUCGUCAUACAUACGCAUACAAUUGUGUACUUAAGCUACUUAUGUCGGUUCAUUGCGUUAUAUCGCUCCUCUAUUAGUUAUAUAAGUCAAAGCCCACUAGCUUUAGUAACAAAAUAUAAUAAUUAUUAAUUUAAAAAUCGAUAUUUGUUUCAAUAAAUAACUUUAAUUUUGA